CAAUCGCAUCGACCUCCUCGUCACUUCGCCAGCGCCCGCGCCACGCCAGGCGCCAGCGCCGCCGUCGUCCACUUCACCGGCGGCCGCGUCUCCGGCAUCCUGCUGCCGAGCACGCCGGCCGCUUCGAAGUGCGAUACUUGUGCUGCAUCUUCGUCGUUGUCGUCCGCUGUGCUGGAGCGGCGUGGACUGGAGAUCCGUCCGGACCCGCGACUGAUUCCAUUUGCUGAUGGACUCUCUUGAGAUCAAGGAAGAAGAUUAUCAGAUGGAUCCCAUUGAAAUCAAGGAUGAUGAAGAGCAUCCGAUAGAGAUGCUUGUUGACCAACCUCGUUUUCUAGAACCUUUAUGUCCAGAGGAGGUCAAUGAAGACACACGAAUAUACCCUCGUGUAGGGGGUGAGUACCAGGUGGAAGUUCCAGAUCUACUAACUGAAGAGGAACAGGCGAAACUAAGGUCAUCAACAGUUUAUGACAGCAGAGCGUUUGGUUUUGAGUACCCUGUGGGUGUAGGAUUAGCUAUUCCAGUCACGUGGACCCAAAAUACAAGCACUCGUGUAAAAGAAGAGCAUGGGGGGUUGUCACGACGCAGUUCAUGUGCUUCACAAGAUGAAGCCCCCAUCCAAAGCAGUGAAAAUUUUCCGGUAAAUUUACAUCAGGACAGGAUUUGUUCAGAGUGUCUUGGCUGUAAAGUUAAAUAUGCUGAGGAAGGUGAGAAAUUAGCAGGAUCUGAUGGACAAGACAUGCAUUGCUCACAAAGAAGGGAAGUUUUAGGUUGUUCUUGUGUAAAGAGAAAAUUCGAUGAUUGUUUACCAUUGCCUGGGAUGCCAAGAUACUCCUGGAGUGAUGAAGAGGCACAAAGUUUUCUUCUUGGUCUCUACAUUUUCGGGAAAAAUCUUGUUCAGGUGACAAAAUUUAUGGAAACCAAGACAAUGGGAGAAGUUUUAUCCUAUUACUAUGGAGAAUUUUUCAGGUCUGAUGCAUACAGGCGAUGGGCAGCAUGUAGAAAAGCAAGAAGCAGGAGGUGUAUUCUUGGGCUGCGUAUAUUUUCUGGUCCGAGGCAGCAGGAAUUGUUGUCACGUUUGCUUGCUGGUGUAGCUAGGGAAGUUGAAGCUUCGUUGAUGGAGGUCUUUAAAAUAUUCAAUGAGGGAACAUCUACUUUUGAGCAGUUUAUUUUGACCUUAAGGUCCACAGUUGGUGCUCAAGUUCUUGUACAGGCAGUUGGAAUUGGCAAGGGAAAGUAUGACUUGACUGGAUUUGCAUUAGAUCCUAGCAGAAAUCAUGGUAUCUCAACCCGUCCGGAAAUCCCAGUUGGCAAGGCUUGCUCAGCGCUUUCAUCUGGAGAUAUCAUAAAGUUUUUGACUGGUGAUUUCAGACUAAGCAAGGCAAGAUCCAAUGAUCUAUUCUGGGAGGCUGUCUGGCCUCGCUUGCUUUCAAGGGGCUGGCACUCAGAACAACCCAAGGACUCUUCACAAGUUGGAAAGCAUGCUUUAGUCUUUCUCAUCCCAGGUGUAAAGAAAUUUUCUAGAAAGAAGCUUGUCAAAGGAAAUCAUUAUUUUGAUUCUGUUAGUGAUGUCUUGAGCAAAGUUGCAUCUGAACCAAGGCUGCUUGAAUUUGGAGUUCAGGGUGGUAAUGAUGACAGUGGGAUUAAGCAUGAAAAUGGAUGGAUCCAUGAUUCUGAACAUGACAGAAACACACUUCCUAACAAGAAACCUUCCUAUAACCGUCCCACUGAGCCUGGGUGUUCCCCAGAACUAAUGAAAUUUACUGUGGUGGAUACCAGCCUUGUUCAAGGGGAAGAACCUUCUAAGGUGAGGUCACUAAGAAAUCUACCAACAGAUUCCAGUCAUGGUUACAUGUCUUCACCAAGUUCUGAAGAUUCUGGUAGUGACAGCGCAGAGGAACACUCAGAUUCCGAGGACAGCUCCCAGCCUUAUGAACAUGUAAGUACUGAUCGAUGCACAACUGGCGCAAAGUAUGCUAGUGAGGAGAGAAAAAGUAAGCCCCCGACAAUUGUUAAGAUGGAUUCUAGUGUAAUUCAGAAGGCUGCUUCCUCAGGCACAUUAACAUCGAUCAAUGGUCAUAUUUCAACUGAUCAAGGUUUCAGCACAAUGAGUAAUGCAUGCUCUUCAACAGCAAGUAUUCUUCCUGUUGACGUUAAAAGAGUCCAUGCUACUACUUCCACUGAAAUAAGCUUUCAGUUCGAUCAAAGGGCGAAUGCUGAGUCCCAAGUUUUCUUAGCACCCUUUUCGAAGAGAAGAAGGUUAGUUUCCUCUAAGACUGAAAGAACUGGCCGCAGAAAUACGACGACCAAUGAAAAUCAUUACUGGAAGCAAGCUGACGAGCCGCUGCAACAUGAUGUGUCUGGAGCAAAUGAAGCAAGCGGAGAGGCCAAGUCUUUUGUAUGGGGUGCAAUUCCGAACUCAUCAACUAACAUAUCCUUUGAUGUCAAUAACAAGAAGCCAUACUGCAGACGGCUUGACAAUGUGCCCCCUAAUGCUGAAACAAUGGUUUACAGAGAAUCUAUUCAAAAUAGGCAUGUCAUUGAUCUCAAUAUACCACAAAUGCCUUCUGAUUAUGAGUCAACUGUGAGCUACAUUGCCUCUCCAUCUGACAAAAAUAUGCAAACCAUGGCUAGGCCUCCACGUUCUUCAGGAACUGAGGAGGUGGCUGACCAACUUCCAGACAUGGAUGCCUCUAGUGAUGUGCUCUAUGAGGAGCUUUCUUUCAACUCAAGAAGGCAUAGUAGCCGAAGCCGCCCGCCAACAGCCCGAGCUCUGGAAGCUCUUGCCUGUGGCUUUCUUGGUACCAAACAGAAGGGCAGGGAGGCAAAUUUCCCAUCUUCGAGCAGGAGCAGCAGACCUGUUCGGCGACCACGACGAUCGCCUGAUGUUUCACUGCCAUUUCCUUCUGAUGGCAAAGGAUGUAUUUCUCAUUUUCCUGAUCCGCCCACGGAUGUCAAUGGAUGGAACAUGAGUAACCCUCCAUUCCAAAUGAUCCACAGCAGCCCCUCUGAUAAAUCCACAGAUAAAGUUACUCCUGACUUGUUUGGAGCAGACAAGUCUACUGACAAAGGAGUUCAUGAAUUAUUUAGCAUACCUUAGAUCCCAUGAAAAUGAGGAAGGUCGACCCAUAUCCAGUAAUACCUUUGGAUUAGUCAACCUUUAUGAAUGGAUUGGCUGCUGAUUAAGAGAAUGAAGUGAUCGUGUGGUCAAAAUGCAACCUGCAGUAAGUGAUGGGUGCUGCUUGUUCAGACUUCGGUUUAUGGUUGAGAAACGAAUUGAGGAAGAUUAUACAGCUCAGUUUUCAAUUUCAUCUAUAGUCUUGUGCAUGUCUAUUGCCUAAAUAUUCAAUCCCGAUACUUAUCAAGAACAUAUGACACCCAUGAACUACAAAGAUGUGAUAGACAAUUGCCUUCGCAUCAGGCGCUCCAGCCUGCAGUGGCUUAUCAAGUUUUAUGUGACAGAUCAAGACCACACGCUUCUUGUUCGGAAGCCUAUGAUGAAGCUUUUACCUUUUUUUCUUUGAGGUUUUCUGAUAAAACUUUACCGGGAGUUAUACUCUUGCUUUUUUUUUUACAUGUACUAUGUGGGAUAACGGAACAAGCAUGUAGCGUGCCCAUAUAAGUACCAUACCUGAACUAAACUUGAAACUCUCUCUGUUGACAAACCCAUAAGGCCUAUGUUCUAAGUAUACUUGUGAAAAUCUGUAUGCCCAUGAUCUAUUCUGAGGUUCAGAGUUUCUACCCUAA